AUGUGGAGAAAUCAGUCUGAAAUCACAGAAUUUAUUCUUCUUGGAUUUGGAGAACUUCAUCAUCUGCAGAUCUUUCUGUUUCUAUUUCUUUUGGUAAUAUAUAUCAUGACCAUGGCUGCCAAUAUUAUUGCUAUUCUUCUUAUUGUGAAUGAUCAACGUCUGCAUACCCCAAUGUACUUCUUUUUGGGAAAUUUGUCCUGCUUAGAGAUUUUCUACAGCUCAACCAUCCUGCCUAGAAUUCUAGCUAGCCUUCUGACAGGAGACAAGAAAAUCUCUGUUUCAGGUUGUAUUACCCAGCUAUAUUUCUUCGCAUUCCUGAUUAGUACAGAGUGCUACCUCCUCUCUGUGAUGUCAUUUGACAGAUAUUUAGCUGUCUGCAAGCCUCUCCAGUAUGCAACAACUAUGACUAUGAGAGUUUGUAUUCAAUUAGUUCUUGCUUCUUGGUUGAAUAGCAUGGUAUUUACAUCUAUAUUUUUAGGUAUGGUCUUAAAAAUACAAUUCUGUGGUCCAAAUGAAAUUGAUCACUUCUAUUGUGAUUCUCUCCCACUUGUAAAACUUUCCUGCAAUCACAUCAACCUUGUGAAAAAUGUUACAAUAGUAGUUUCAUUCAUCUUUACUUUUCCUCCUUUUCUUUUGACACUAACAUCUUAUGCAUAUAUUAUUAUUGCUAUCCUGAAAAUUCCAACCACUACUGGGAGACAAAGGACUUUUGCUACAUGUUCUUCUCAUCUGAUUGUUGUCUCUAUUUUCUAUGGAGCAUUAAUAAUUGUAUAUCUAAUACCAAAAACUGAAACCGUUAACCUCAAUAAACUAGCUUCUGUCCUUUACACAGUCCUGCCACCCAUAGCUAACCCUCUCAUUUAUAGCCUGAGAAACAAAGAUGUCAAAGAAGCCAUGAAAAAGGUGAUAGCACAUAUUCUGAAACUCCCUUUGUGA